AUGGAGAAGAGUGCCACUCCUCAAAAAGUGAUGGAGCUCUUUUCCCCUCCUCGAGUUUCCAUCAAAGCAGUGGCUCAGGGGCUGACCCUCACGGAACCGAGCAACUUUGAUCUCACAGAAGGCUGGGAUGCAUUGAACUAUCAACACCGACAAGACAUGUGGAAAGUGCUUCGGGAGCAAAAACCCGAUGUAGUGAUCAUGAGCCCAGAGCGAGCACAAGUCUACCCGGAGGACAUGGUGCAAACUGUGAUUGACGGCAUUCUAGCAGGUCCAGUGGAGUUCUCCGGCGUGGCAGCCGAUGAUCAUGAUCUGAUGGAUGAAGAGGCUGAAGAUCAAGAGGAAGCUGAACCUCAGCCUCGCACCCCAGGCACCUUGCAGAGAGAUUCAUCUGUUCUCCUGACAGAGGAACAGAAGAAGAAGAUACUGCGGAUGCACCUCAACAUGGGACACCUGUCCAAGGAGCAGAUGCUUUCCAUGCUCAAGGCAGCAGGUGCUAGAGAAGGCGUCUUGAAGUUUGUCAAGGAGAAGUUCGGAUGUGAGCUGCAAGACCUCAUUGCUCAAGGAAGAUCGACGAAAGCAGGUGCUGUCGAUGUCACGACAGAAGGUACACCAGACGAUACAGGUGACGGGAAAGUUCCCUCCAUCGAGAUUGACAAGCCCAUGGUUCAGGAGUCGAUUGCUCAUGAUUUGAGAACAGCUGACACAGCAAAAGACAUCGAGUCAGAGGGGCAACAUCUUCCCCUCAGACAAGUAUCUGUUCCCAGGCCAGUCAUUCCAGAAGAAACAGAGGGCUCCGUCGCUGACACCGUGAGUGAAGCCACCGCGGGCUCCAAGAGAAAGUCUCGGCACAGUGAUCAGGACUCUGCAUCCAACAAGAAAAAGAUUGUGGAAGAGACCGUAGUCAAGCGACCAGUAGAAGACCAAGAACAAGCAAAUCUUGAGAAGAUAGCGCUAAAAACACUCAGAAGGUUGGAGCGCGAAGAGAAGAUGAGAAAGAUCAGUGAAAGGAAAGAAGCUGUCGCUUCGGCUUCAUCGGAAACGCCAAAUCAGGAGACUACCUCCUCCAGUUCCAGCAUGGCAUUACAACAACCGUCCACUGAGACUUCAGCAGAUGGCUUCGCACCUCAAGACGCCUUGAUGGCGGAAUUGACAGAGCAAGGCCUCAGUUUUCUGGAGCUCAAGAUUGAGGACUCGUGUCUGAUGACCAAGCCCGUCAAAACGAAGUCUCAAGAAUUUGACAUGAAGCUUGCCACGGAUGAGGAGAAGAAAGGCUUCAAGGCUUCCGACGAGGCCGAGUGGAAGACCAUACUGGACCUGAAGGCAGUCGAGGUGCUAAACCCUGCUGAGUCGAGGAAGGUUCGUCGUGAUCAUCCGCAUCGCAUUCUUCCAUCUCGGUUUGUCAGAAGAAAGAAGCCUAUGCCGGGACUGGGACAGUGGAAAUUCAAAUCCAGAUGGUGUGUGCUAGGUCACUGUGACCCUGACACUGGUUCAUAUUCGACGUAUUCUCCCAUGCCUAUGACAGAGAGCAUCUCUAUUUUCUUCCAGUUGUGCACCAACAUGGACAUGUCUGUCACGUUUUGUGACGUGACACAAGCAUUUUGUCAGUCAGAGCCUCUUGAUAGACCGGAAGGAGACUUGUAUGUUGAAGCUUGCGAGGGCCUAGGUCUUCCAGAAGGCACAGUCAUUCGACUAGUGGCUCCAGUGUACGGGCUUGAAGACGCCCCCCUCCGAUGGCAUCAGACGGUCAUCAAUUUUCUACGCUCGCUAGGCUUCGAGAGGAGUCUCUUGGAACCAUGCUGGUAUGUGAGAAGGGAUGCCAGAAAUGAGGUCGAGGCCAUGAUUCUAGUAGAAGUUGACGAUCUGAAUGUGGCCACCAGGAAAGACGUCAAGGAUGAACUCCUUUCAGCUCUGAAUCAGCGUUUCCGCUUUGGGAAGAUGGAAUAUGAUGAGGCAGACUUCGCUGGGAGACACGUUCGAGUUCUUCCUGGAAGAAUCGAGAUGAACCAGGAGAAGUACAUCAUCGAGAAACUUCAUCCUCUUAAGCUGCCUCUUGGUCGCAAGGGCGACAAGUCAAGCAGACUGAAACCGGAUGAGUUUGAAGCUUUUAGAUCCAUGCUUUACAAGGUCGCAUGGGUCGCACACCAGACUAGGCCAGAAGCUGCAGGAGUCGUGAGUAUUUUGUCUUCCAGGCUGAAAGAAGGAACCAUUGAAGAUGUCUCAUGCCUGAACAAGCUCAUUCAACAUCUCAGAAAUACUGCACAGCAAUCGCUCACCUUGCAUCGCUUCAGCAAUGAUAAGAUGAUCCUCAUUGCCGCCUCAGAUGCCGGUGGCGUGGACAGUCUACCUCCUGACAAGUCCUCAGAGAUAGACAAUGUUCAAGGAGCGUGGAUAAUCAUGGCUGCUGACAGACUUCCUAGCGCGAAUCAGAGAAUCAAGGUUAGCAUUUUGAGCUGGAGAUCAUCGAAGCUAAGACGGAGAGUCGCAUCAACACUUGCCAGUGAAGCACUAGCCUUUAGUCAGUCACUGAGUGAAGUAGAAUGGAUUCAGAUCAUGAUUAGAGACAUCAUCAAAGGUGAUGUCAAAAGGACAGACUGGACCGAGUCUCUGACACCAUAUGUUCCAGUUUUGAAGGAAAACUGCGAAUUGGCAGAGAAGUUAGAGCAGUGUCAUGUCACGGAUGCCAAGAGCCUGUUUGAUGCCUUGAAGAAAGAAUCUCCCAUGUCUAGACAGGACAGACGCACCUCGGUCGAGCUCAGCAUAAUUUUAGAAGCUCUUCAGAAAGCUAGAAGUGUGAUCAGAUGGGCUCCUCAUCCACGAAUGGUAGCCGAUGGGCUUACUAAAGCCGAUAUCACACGCACAAAUGGUGCAUUAGAAGAACUGCUGCGGACCUCUCGCCUCACCCUCUGGGAUGAGAAGCAAGAGCUGAAUCUUCGUAAAGAUGAUCCAGCUGCGAAAGGACGAUCGAGAAGAGCGUCCACCAGACACCGUUCGCUGGAGGCCAGUGAAGAGUCCUUCGCUCUUUUGAGUCGAAUCAACAAGAACUUAGGGGUGCUGUCUCAGGACGCGGCGGCCCACGCGGCGGGUUCCCCGCCCGAGGCGGCCCACGCGGUGGGGUUCGAGUCGCUGAGCGCGGCUGAGCAGGAGACCUACCACCAAGAACAUGCAGCCGAGGAGUUGGCAUACCAAGAGGCGCUAAAGGCGCGGAAGAUCUUGGAGGAGGAACUUGAGGAGAAGAUCGGUCAGCUGCUGCUGUGCACCUCAGGUGGAUCCAUCUUGCGACUGCAAGUGUCGGAGGUUGAAGUCAUGAAGAGGCGUCAGGGCGGCCGCUGCUUGAUGAAGGUGGAACGGUCAGACUCGCUGAUCUCGGCCUGCUUGCUGUCUGCGGUGGAUGCGGAGCGAGAUGCACCACAUUCGGCGGAAUGUGAGAGGGAACAGGUGCUGACCAACAAGGGGAUGCCCACAUGUGCCAACUUAGGUCAAGUCUUCCGCACGCUUCGCAAGCCAGUCUGGCGCGCCAAUUUUGCGAUGGCCGAAUGGCGCGAGGAGGCGGAGGACUUGGACAUGAGGCCAGAGGCCAUCGUCUCCAGGCUCUAUCUCAAGGUGGAGUACGAGACCCUGCGCCGUUUACCACGGCACCCGGAGUAUUUGGUCUUCACCAUUCGUCCCUACAUGGAUCCUUUGCCGGCUUUGGGGCGUACGCCCUUGGCCUGCCGUGCCUUGGCCGGAGAGAUCCGGCGUCUGCCCGAGGAGCGGGGAGACAGCGGAUGGAUGCGAAGAUGGACAGGGUUGGCUGUUGGCCCAGCUGUGCUGGACUACAAGGGCUUGGGCGAGCCCUCCGUGCGUGCGGCCAGCCUGGCGUUCUUGGACGCCGUGUGUGCGGCCAGUGGAGGCAUCACCAACCUCUAUGAGGGGGGCACGCGCUCCGACUACAUCGUGGUGGCCCAUCCGGAGUAUGCCUUGGGUCGAGUGGGAAGUGGCCGAGGCUUUGAUCAGAAAUGGGAUCAGAGCAAGGUGGCCACGCGACCUCCCGGAGGUCCCAUGACCUUGCGGUUGCGGGACGCGGGCGCAGAGCUGCUCCAGCGCGUGACGGUGCCGCUCCAGACAUUGCCAAAUCCACGGGAACGGGUCCUGGCGAAGAAGUGCAGCUCUGCCGGUCGCAUUGGCCAGAAACUGCCCGGCUUGGAUCAGGAUUUUCAGGCAUUUCUGCAUGUGCUGCGGAGCGUUUUAGGUGAUGCUGAGCCAAGUCAUUUCCGACGGACACGUGAUGAGGACGUGCAAAGCCGACCCUUGGGCUACGACGGUCGCCUCACCAGCGGUUACUUCAACAACAUCACCGAGGCCGGCGUGUCCAGCCAUCGACGGCAGACGCAUGAUUGCCUCCUGGAGCUCGCGCGGCGCUAUGUCUCAGAUCCGGAGGCCGUGGCUUGUGAGCUGAGACUGAACGGCUCUUGGCGCUAUUGGGCCAGAGAGCUGCAGCUGGUGCUGCGACAAGAGCGGAAGCUCUUCGACCAGCAGCGCACCAAAGCAGAGACCUUAGAGCUGCAGCUGCGCAUGGCAGCCUUGGCCUAG